GGAGGGCUGACGGAGUGGGAGAUACAGAGACAGGGAGCUAUUAUUUUUCCCUUUAUGAUACUAGAAGUGAGUCGCUCUUCCUAGAAAAUAUAGUCUCUGAAGAUGCUAAAUAAAUGGGCAGGAGUUUCCCUGAAAUGGAGGCUCGCUGUGAUUGGCUGCUGUUUCCUAUGUUCUUGCCAAUUGGAGCACAAUUGGGCUCCAACACUCUAAACAUAAGCAAAGCUACAUGCUUAUUCUUUUGGACUUGAAGUAUACACGAGGCAAAGGUGUGCAAAGGAGGGGGUCUCCUUUCACAUAGCUAAACUGAAAACGGAUCUCAUUAAAGAGCUUCAUCGGAGACCAUCUGCUAUUGAAGCACGUUGUUCCAUCCACAGAAAGCAUUAAGUCAUUUCCUUGCUGUAGUAUAGGAGGCAAAUUUGUCAUCGGGAACGAUGGAACUACAGGAUCUCUGUAAUGCAGGUGGUGAAAGAGCAAAUAAUGAGAGCACUCACUACCAAGCCUAGCUCUCUGGACCAAUUCAAAAGUAAACUUCAGAAUCUAAGUUACACAGAAAUUUUGAAAAUCCGUCAGUCUGAGAGGAUGAACCAGGAAGAUUUCCAGUCUCGUCCAAUUCUGGAGCUAAAAGAGAAGAUUCAGCCUGAAAUCUUAGAGCUGAUCAAACAGCAACGUCUUAACCGACUUGUCGAAGGCACCUGCUUUAGGAAACUCAAUAGUCGACGGCGACAAGACAAAUUUUGGUAUUGUCGAUUAUCGCCCAAUCACAAGGUCUUGCACUACGGAGACUUGGAAGAAAGUCCACAGGGAGAAGUUCCCCAUGAUUCUUUGCAGGAUAAAUUACCUGUGGCAGAUAUAAAAGCAGUUGUGACAGGGAAGGACUGCCCUCACAUGAAGGAGAAAGGUGCUCUUAAACAAAACAAGGAGGUGCUUGAGCUUGCUUUCUCUAUAUUGUAUGACUCAAAUGGCCAACUGAAUUUCAUCGCUCCUGAUAAGCAUGAGUACUGUAUCUGGACCGAUGGAUUGAAUGCCCUCCUUGGGAAGGAUAUGAUGAGUGACCUGACACGAAAUGACUUGGACACGCUGCUCAGCAUGGAGAUAAAGCUGCGUCUCCUUGACUUGGAGAAUAUACAGAUUCCUGAUGCUCCCCCACCAAUUCCAAAGGAGCCCAGCAACUAUGAUUUUGUUUAUGACUGUAACUGAAACUGCCCAUUGAAACUCGCAUUUAAACUGGAAAUAUUAUAACUGGAAAGAUUAAACAAAGAGCGAGAGAAGCCCACAUGUGCACACCUUGGAUUAUGGACUAUGGUUAAAGCACUCACUUUUCUUUCCAUUCCCUGCAUCUGUUCCUUUCCCCUGAUCCCAUCUCCCCCAUUGCUAGUCAAAAAUGACAUUGCUUUAACUUCUAAUUGCAGUCCAUUGGAUGUGGCUAACGCGAAGACCACUAAGCAGCGUCCAUCAGAGGAACUUUUAAAUUUUUAAUGCUGGAAUAGGCAUUCUAAAUAAAAUAUGAUGCUUCCAAACUGCAUGCCUACAAAACCAAACCUGGCACUUGCAGGUGCUUUAUCUGGAAGUUGGGAGGUAGAGAGGAGAAGCAGCUACUGUAAGUGGAAGGUGGAGAGAGCGAGAUUUUCCCAACCUAUCCCAAGAGUCAGCUCACAACUAAUUUCAAAAAAAGAUGAAAAGUAUUAACUGCUUAAACUUCUGCACCAUCAUCACUGUCGUCAUCUUUUGGCAACAGUGUCUCCAUCCUCUGUGCUCUGCCACAGUUAUAGUUCCCUAGAAUAAGUCGUUUGCAGGUUUUCACUGUACUGUGGACUAUAACACUGCAAUGCUUCUAACUUCUUUUUCUGCUGUCUCUUAAAUAGCCCUAUAUUUCUCCCAAAUUACUAGCACAAAUUGUGAAUGAAGGCACUAGGUCUGUUCUCUGUAGCUGUAGCUAUUCUAAGCCUCAAUUGCCUCUAAAAUUGGCUUGAUGCUAUCCAAAGUUUUUUCUUUUUUGGUUCAAAGUAAAAUAAUAGUUUCCACAGAUUCAUGAAAAUGGUGAGACAUCUGAAUCGGCAUCAUCAUUGCUACAGUGUUACAAGUUUGCAAGGGAUUUAUUUUUUGUUUUUGUACACGAGUUCUAACUUUUUUGUUUUUGUUCUUUGGCCAAACAAAUAUAUUUAAUGAAAAAUAAUUACAUUGUGAGUUUAUUUAGAGAUGAUGUUUUUAUUUUUAAUAUCCAUUGGAAACAUUUGUCCGGGAGGAAAAAAUAUCCAAUAUUUCCUUCAAUUUUGCUGUUGAAUAAAAUCUGAAUUGUGAUGA